GAGCCACACUGAGAGAGAGAGAGAGAGAGAGAGAGAGAGAGAGAGAUUUUAGGGUUCCUUAAUUCUAUAGGGGCGGCUUAUAGAUGGGAAGGAGUCCUUGUUGUUCAAAGGAUGAGGGGUUGAAUAGAGGAGCAUGGACAGCUAUGGAAGACAAAGUGCUAACUGAAUAUAUCAGAAUUCAUGGUGAAGGGAAAUGGAGAAACCUUCCCAAAAGAGCAGGGCUCAAGAGAUGUGGCAAAAGUUGCAGGCUGCGAUGGUUGAACUACCUAAGACCUGACAUCAAGAGAGGAAACAUCACUCGUGAUGAAGAAGAGCUCAUCAUCAGGCUUCACAAGCUCCUGGGCAACAGAUGGUCUUUGAUAGCUGGAAGGCUUCCAGGCCGAACAGACAAUGAAAUCAAGAAUUAUUGGAACACUACAAUUGGAAAGAGAAUUCAAGUUGAAGGUCGCUCAUGUUCUGAUGGAAAUCGUAGACCAACCCAAGAAAAACCAAAACCUACGCUGUCACCUAAACCUAGUACAAAUAUUUCAUGCACCAAAGUGGUCAGAACCAAAGCAUCAAGGUGCACAAAAGUGGUCUUGCCCCAUGAGUCCCAAAAGUUUGGUUACAGUACUGAACAAGUGGUCAAUGCAGCACCAACACUAAACCAGGCGGUGAAUAAUCCAAUGGUGGGGAUUGAUGAACCUUUGUUACCAAUGUCAUUUUUGGACGAUGAAAACAAUAAUUCGUGUGAGUUUUUGGUGGAUUUUAAGAUGGACGAGAAUUUUCUAUCCGAUUUUCUUAAUGUCGAUUUCUCUGUGCUCUAUAACAAUGAGGGAGCUGGUAAAGCUGCUGCUGCUGCUACCACUGAAGACACGAGUAAUAAGUUGCAUGGCCCAGAUCUCCGAUCAUCCAAGGCUCCUAUCAUUGAAUCUGAAUUGGACUGCUGGCUCGUAGAUAAUUAAUACAGAUCAUUAAUCAAAUAAUAUAUCUUAGUUCAACCUUCAAAACCCUAAUUAGCUUAUUAUAUGCAUAAUUCCCUAUUAAUUAUGAGAAAAAUACUUGUAAUUAUUGUGUCUAUGUUUGUGUACGUGUGACGAUGAUGAAGUUGACUUUGAUUAUCUGGUAGUCAAAUGGAACAACGGCCCAAGUUUUUGAUCA